AGGGGGCGCGCCGGGGUGCUGUCAGGGCCAGCAGGCAGCAGACAGUCGCCCCAUGGAGGACAACUCGCGCGAGACCCUAGGCGGACCGGCGCCGCAGCAGUUCCGCCCGGCCGGCGAGGAGGCGCCGGGCUCCGUCUGGCCGCAGUGCGUCGCGGCGCUCAUAGCAAGCCUGGCCUACGUCAGCGCCGGCUGCACCAUCGGCUGGACCUCACCGUCGCUGCCGCUGCUGAACGCCACGGGCUACAUCGAGCUGACGGCGACGGAGGUGGCGUGGGUGAGCGGGCUGACACCCCUGGGCGCGAUGUUCAGCCCGGCCCCCACGGGACUGCUGACGGCCAAGCUGGGGCACAAGGCGUCCUUCACGUGCGUGGCGGCGCUGUACCUGGGCGCCUGGGCCAUCCUCGCCGCCGCGCGCUCCGCCGCCGUGCUCUGCGUCGCGAGGUUCAUCCUGGGCGUCGCCAGCGGCGUCGUCUUCACAAUCACGCCCACCUACAUCGGCGAGAUCUCCCAGGCGCACAUACGGGGGGCGCUGGGCUCGCUGGCUCAGUUGUCGGCCACCGCCGGCUUCCUGUACCAGUACGUGGUUGGCCCGUGGUCCAGCUACGUGGCGCUGGCGGUCGCCUCGGCCGCCGUACCGGCGCUGCUGCUCGCGGGGUCGCUCUUCAUCCCCGACUCGCCGUACCAGCUGCUGAGGCGCGGCAGGCGGGCGGAGGCCAGGCGCGCCUUCCUCUGGCUGCGCGGCAAGAGGGAUGACUCUACCGGCGGCGACGAGUUCCGGGAAAUGGAGAACGAAGUGACGGCGAUGCUGAAACAGGAGCCCUCGAUGAAGGACCUGGUUGCCAACCGAGCCACCAUCAGGGCUCUCCUGCUCUCCCAAGGCCUGAUGACCUUCCAGCAGCUCAGCGGUAUCAACGCCGUGCUGUUCUUCACUGAGACGAUCCUCAGCAUCGGAGUGGGCUCACUCGACCCCAGCAUCGCCACCAUCAUCGUAGGCGUGGUGAUGCUAGCCGCAGCCGCAGUCACGCCGCUUGUGGUGGAUCGCGCUGGGCGCAGGAUCAUGCUUCUGCUGUCCACGUCAGGGAUGACUCUGUCCCUGGGGAUACUUGGAACAUUUUUUUACUUUACAAACAUACAUGCAGAUACAAGCAGCUUCGGAUUCGUCCCAGUGCUGUGUCUGGUGUUUUACAUCAUUGUCUACGCAGCAGGGAUCGGCCCGCUGGCGUGGGCUGUUUCGGCCGAGCUGUUCGCGCCCAUCGUCAGGAGCAAGGCGGCUUCGCUGACGGCCACCACCUGCUGGGUGCUCUGCUUCCUCGUCACCUUCUUCUUCAACAGCCUCGUGGAGCUGUUCGGCAGCCACGUGGUGUUCUGGACCUUCGCCGCCUGCUGCACCGCGGCGGGGGUGUUCGUGUACUGCCUGCUGCCGGAGACCAAGGGCCGGACCCUGCGGCAGAUACAGGAGCUGCUGGAGGGCUGAGCUCACACGCUCCUGCUCAGAGUGCUCGGCUGGGGCUCACACACUCCUGCUCAGAGUGUUCGUGUACUGCUUGCUGCCAGAGACCAAGGGCCGGACCCUGCGGAAGAUACAGGAGCUGCUGGAGGGCUGAGCUCACACGCUCCUGCUACAAUAGCUCGGCUUGUGGCUCACAGACUCCUGCUCAGGGUGCUAGACUUGUGGCUCACACGCUCCUUCUCAGAGUGCUAGACUUGUGGCUCACACACUCCUGCUACAAGAGCUCGGCUUGAAGCCUCACACACUCCUGCUCAGGGUGCUAGACUUGUGGCUCACACGCUCCUGCUCAGAGUGCUAGACUUGUGGCUCACACACUCCUGCUACAAGAGCUCGGCUUGAAGCCUCACAGACUUCUGCUCAGAGUGCUAGACUUCUGGCUCACAGACUCUCCUGCUACAAGAGCUCGGCUUCAAACCUCACAGACUCCUGCUCAGAGUGCUCAGCUGGGGCUCACACACUCCUGCUCAGAGUGCUCGGCUUGAAGCCUCACAGGCUCCUGCUACAAGAGCUCGGCUUGAAGCCUCACACACUCCUGCUCAGGGUGCUAGACUUGUGGCUCACACACUCCUGCUCAGAGUGCUCGGCUUGAAGCCUCACAGGCUCCUGCUACAAGAGCUCGGCUUGAAGCCUCACAGACUACUGCUCAGAGUGCUCGGCUUGAAGCCUCACAGACUCCUGCUACAAGAGCUCGGCUUGAAGCCUCACACACUCCUGCUCAGAGUGCUCGGCUUGAAGCCUCACAGGCUCCUGCUACAAGAGCUCGGCUUGAAACCUCACAGACUACUGCUCAGAGUGCUCGGCUUGAAGCCUCACAGACUCCUGCUACAAGAGCUCGGCUUGAAGCCUCACACACUCCUGCUCAGAGUGCUCGGCUGGGGCUCACACACUCCUGCUCAGAGUGCUCGGCUUCGGGCUCACACACUCCUGUUACAAGAGAUCGGCUUGAAACCUCAUGGACUCCUGCUCAGAGUGCUUGGCUUGGGGCUCACACACUCCUGCUCAGAGUGCUCGGCUUGAGGCUCACACACUCUUGCUACAAUAGCUCGGCGUGUGGCUCACAGACUCCUACUCAGAGUGCUCGGCUGCGGCUCACAGACCCUGCUCAAAGUUCUCAGAGCACGUGGGUAGAUGAGGAGAAUCUCUGGUGCAUGAAUGUUACCAGCAUCAGAGUACAACAACUGGGAAUCACUAAAAUGAUUCUUUUUUUUUAUGUUCCAAAUAAUCUACAUUUUUCGGUUUUAAUGUUAAACGUAUUUUUUAAUUUUUUUCAGAUCGGCCUAAAAUAUUUUUAAAUAUUUUGUAAAUAAAUAUUUUUUUAU